AUGUCACAAUCACCGCCUCUCAAACGCACCAAAUUCAUACCUCCAUCAAAAGAUAACGAUGUUGAGAUGACGGAUGCUGAUGCGCCUUCAACUUCAACUACGAAUUCGGUAUCAGGAUCGGUUUUGGCAUCAGGAAAUGCAGAUUUCAUGCUGAGAUUUGCAACGUAUUCUAAUUUGGGUACUCCCUCAUUGAACAAUAAUAUGAUUUUCAUCAAUGGACAAUCAACUAACUCAGUUGAAAACAAUGGAAAUUUUGAGGUUAGUUUUUCUGUCUUUUGAUAUUUAUGUAUUUUUUCAUUUCAGGAGAUUCCGAAUGACCCAUUUCAUCAAGACAAAAAAUAA